CUUCUCGAUCCUAUCCCCGGAACUGAUAGGUUGCAUGUAAACAAUGUCUGGUAUUCCUCCUUGAAGCACCAACAUAUGCCAAUAUGACUGAUGUUACAGUGUAUAUGGUUUUAGCCACGGUUGUGGCAGUCAUCCUUGGUGCUCUCGCUUUCUUCCAGCGAGGACGAGGGAAAGAAGAAAAAGAAGGAGGGGCACCUGCUCCCCGCCCUCGCAUUGGGAAUGAAGGCGGCAGAGCUGCAGUUGGCAAUCGAGCAGUUGCCAAUAGAAAUGCCCGAGCACGAAUGCGAGCUGCAGCACGUCGUCGAGAUGACUCAGAUGUUGAGGAGGAGGAUGAACCAGAAAUUGAAAGCGAAAUUGCGUUACCCGAAGGAAAGAUCGGAAAGAAGAAGCUGGCAAAGCUUCAGGCAAAGGCAGAAAGAAGAGCCACCAGAGAGGCUGAAGAGCGAGAGCGAGCUGAGAAGAAAGAACGUGAUGAGAGAGCUGCUGAAGAAAGAAGAAAGAUAGAAGAACAGAAGGCAGAGGAGGAAGCUAAGCGUCUGGAACAGGAAGAAAAAGAGCGAGAGGAAAGGAGAAUCAGAGAGCAUGAGGAGUACUUGAAGAUGAAAGUUACGUUCGAGGUUGAGGAGGAAGGUUUUGAUGACAAUGUAGACGAGACCAAGGAAAAAGAUCUUGUUGCACAGUUCCUCCAAUUCAUCCAGGAUGAAAAGGUUGUUGUGUUGGAGGAGUUGGCAGCCAGGUUCUCACUGAAGACAAAAGAUGCUAUUGACCGAGUCACAGACCUGCAGAAGAAUGGAACCCUUACAGGUGUCAUUGAUGACCGAGGCAAGUUCAUCUACAUAAGCCAAGAGGAACUGCAAGAUGUUGUGAAGUUCAUCAAACAACGUGGCCGCAUUUCCAUAUCAGAAUUGGCAGAGUCUUCUAAUAAGCUCAUUACCCUCACUCCUGUGAACAGAGAGACCUCAUGUGCAAGCUAGUUAACAAGAAGUUCCUACAGGAUCAAGGAUUAUUACUUCUUUUCUUUUUUUUUUCUUUUUUUUUAGAUUCCCACAUUAACUUGAUCAUUAUCAUGGCUUUGUUCAAAUCCUUUAUUCUUGCUCAUUAACCAGUCCUUUAUUAGCCUGUCUUCUGUGAGUAUCUAUCUAGUAAAAAAAUUUGGUCCUUUCAUUGUUACAAGAAACAAAGCCAAUCCUGUAUAUAUUGGACAUUAGGAGAGCUGAUAGAUAUUGUGGUGAUUUGAUACAGUGCACAAAAUUGAGUACAAUGAGGUAAAUAUUGUUAAAAGUUUUGGACUUCAAAUAUUCCUGUGUAUUCAGUUAAGGUCAUUUCAGUAAAUAUCAGGAUUUAAAUAUUAUAUUUCUUUUCUUUUAUAAUGUAAAAACAAGGAAGAUUGGCAUGUUAAUACUUGUUUCCAUGUUUCAUGUUUCGUUACUUUUGUUUAUUGGUUGAGGGUGUAAAUUUUGAGUAUCUAUCAAGAAAAUCCACAAUGUUUGUACCUGUAAAUCUAUUUGGUGUAUGUAUUAUGAUACAAAAAAUAUAUAUAAUUGUUUCUACCCCAAA